GCGGGGUCGGGCUGUGCGAGCUCCUAGCCUACCUUCAGGACGACCCUAGGCCGGGUUCCCGACUUCUCUGGCUGUUUUCUCCAAAUCUGAGAAUCUGUCCUGAAGGGUCGGGACCUCGAAUCUGACAGACGUGAUUCUGAGCUUCGGAUAAGCGAUAGGUUUCCCGCCCUGAGCCUCAGUUUCCUCUGCGAAGAAAUGGAAAUUACGUAAGAAAACCCGGAAGCAAGAACAGAGCCAAUAAUAAGUAGCUGUCAGUAAUCAAGUGAUUAUGAACUGCCAGACACUGCCAAGUGUUUCUCUUGCAUUAUUUAAGUUAACCUGCCCCAAACUUAUUGAGGAUUCCCAGGAGCCAUGUUGUCAGAAGUCCUGCUGGUGUCUGCGCCAGGGAAGGUCAUCCUUCAUGGAGAGCAUGCCGUGGUCCACGGAAAGGUAGCCCUGGCUGUGGCCUUGAACUUGAGAACAUUUCUCCAGCUUCAGCCCCAUAGCAAUGGGAGAGUGGGCCUCAAUUUACCAAACAUUGGCGUCAAGAGGGCCUGGGAUGUGGCCAGGCUUCAGCUGCUGGACAUGAGCUUUCUGGAGCAAGGAGACGUCAUGGCACCUACGCCAGAGAAAGUGGAGAAGCUGAAGGAGGUGGCAGACUUCCCUGAGGACUGUACCAACCACGAGCGCCUGGCUGUGCUGGCCUUCCUGCACUUGUACCUGUCCAUCUGCCGGAAGCAGAGGGCCCUGCCCAGCCUGGACAUCACGGUGUGCUCGGAGCUGCCCGCUGGGGCCGGCUUGGGCUCCAGCGCCGCCUACUCCGUGUGCCUGGCAGCUGCCCUCCUGACCUUGUGCGAGGAGAUUCCAAACCCUCUGAAGGACGGCGAGGCCACCGGCAGGUGGACAGCGGAGGACCUGGAGUUAAUUAACACGUGGGCCUUCCAGGGGGAGAGUGUGAUUCACGGAAACCCGUCCGGAGUGGACAACGCUAUCAGCACCUGGGGAGGAGUACUCCGAUACCAACAAGGGAAGAUGUCAGCCUUGAAGAGGCCGCCAGCUCUGAAGAUCCUACUCACCAACACCAAAGUCCCUCGCAGCACCAGGGAUCUUGUGCUCAGGGUCAGGAACAGACUGCUCAAGUUCCCAGAGAUCGUGGCCCCGCUCCUGACCUCCAUAGACGCCAUUUCCCUGGAGUGCGAGCAGGUGCUGAGAGAGAUGGCGGCAGCGGCCCCGACCCCGGAGCACUACCUCUUGCUGGAAGAGCUCGUGGAUAUGAACCAGCACCAACUGAAUGCCCUCGGUGUGGGCCACGCCUCCCUGGACCAGCUCUGCCAGGUGACCAUGGCCCACGGGCUGCACAGCAAACUCACUGGCGCCGGUGGCGGUGGCUGUGGCAUCACACUCCUCAGACCAGAUGUGGAGGAGCCGGUGGUGGAGGCCACGAAGCAGGCACUGUCCGGCUGCGGGUUUGACUGCUGGAAAACCAGCAUUGGUGCCCCCGGCAUCUCCAUCCACUCGGCCGCCUCCCUGGACACCGCCGUCCGGCAAGCCCUGGGUGGCCUCUGAGAUGAGCCCACACUGCUGCGGCCCUGCCAAGAAGCCUCUUCCUGAGUUAUUCUGGGGGCUGGAGUGGGCCUCUGCUGGCCAGUGGGUGCCCAGCUCCUGACACUGACAGAGGGGCCUCCAACCCCCGUGACGUCCCUUCCGCUGGCCCACCAGUGGGACCUGGAACCUGCACCCGGCUGGGCUGCCCAGGAGACGCGGCCUGCGCUCUGCAUUCCCUCAAGCCGGCUGGA